AAAAUCUGCGACCAGAUCAGCGAUGCCGUCCUGGACGCCCACCUCAAACAGGACCCUGACGCCAAGGUGGCCUGCGAAACGGUGGCAAAGACGGGGAUGAUCCUGCUGGCAGGGGAGAUCACAUCCCGGGCUGCUGUCGACUACCAGAAGGUGGUCCGGGACACCAUCAAGCACAUCGGUUAUGACGAUUCCUCCAAAGGCUUCGACUACAAGACGUGCAACGUGCUGGUGGCCCUCGAGCAGCAGUCGCCCGACAUCGCUCAGGGCGUCCACCUGGACCGCAGUGAGGAGGACAUCGGCGCCGGGGACCAGGGCCUGAUGUUCGGCUAUGCCACGGACGAGACGGAGGAGUGCAUGCCUCUCACCAUUGUCCUGGCCCACAAGCUGAACGCCAAACUGGCCGAACUGCGGCGUAACGGCACCUUGCCAUGGCUUCGCCCCGACUCCAAAACGCAGGUGACGGUGCAGUACAUGCAGGACCGCGGCGCCGUCAUCCCCAUCCGGGUGCACACCAUCGUCAUCUCGGUGCAGCACGACGAGGAGGUGUGCCUGGACGAGAUGCGGGACGCGCUGAAGGAGAAGGUCAUCAAAGCAGUGGUGCCAGCCAAGUACCUGGACGACGACACCAUCUACCACCUCCAGCCCAGCGGUCGCUUCGUCAUCGGACUUGUAUAUUCCAGGGAUCUGGAUCUGAAGAAACCCCUCUAUCAGAGGACCGCAGCCUAUGGCCACUUUGGUAGGGACAGUUUCCCUUGGGAAGUGCCCAAAAAACUAAAAUAUUAA